UCUGUACUCUACUCUCCUCUCUCUCUCUCUCUCUCUCUCUCUCCGUCUCCUAUUCACCGCAAGCUAGCAAGUUAGCAGCCCCAUCGACCAUCGCAGAAGUCUUCCACCACCAAUCACCAUCCACAACCCAAACAGCCAGCCGUUCAGCCGCGCCGUUGGAGAGAGAGACCACGAGAGUGAGAAAGACGAUCGAGAGAGUGAGAUAGAGAAGAGAGACCGAGAGAGAGAGGAUCCCGGUGGGUUGGUCGACGCAGUGGACGACGGUGAAACACCAGCUCCGGCAGCUUUAAUGCUCAAGGUCUUCUUGAUUGAAUGGGAAUGGAGCAAGGCGAAUUGAAUUCCGAAUUAGAGGAGAAAAUUUACCUGAUUUAUAAGGAUUUUUUGUUGAGGGUUACGAAGUUUGAGGAAUUGGUGGCUGUAGGAGCCAGGUUACUUGCUGGCUUUCAGCAAGGGCUGGAGUAUCUUCGGCGGUGUCCAAUAGACAGAACAUCUGCGUUGGUUAAGAACAUCAUUGAAGCUAAUGAAACAAAGAGACUUAAAUCAUAUUUUGAUGCUGGAUGUAUCAAUGCACAUGAUGGUGUGCAAAAUGUAAGCAAGUUGCAAACAUGCGUACUUGGACUUCAUGACCACUUGAGUAAAGCAAAAAACAUACUUAGUGAAGCUGAAUCCCUCCUGGAGGAUGUAACUGGUGCAAUGCAAAAUGUCAAUGGUACUUUAUCACCCAUUAAUGAUGAAUAUUUUGGUGAUGGGUUGAAUGAACAAGCAAUUUCUAAUACCAAGAAGGAAGUGGCAUCAUCUCAACUUCAAAGACCUGAGGUAGCUGAUUGUGCUGUCCUGAUGGCGUUUGUGUACAGUAUGCUUAAAAAAGACUAUGAGAUGCAGGAAAAAAUUGUUUCUGCUCUAAAUUUCAAGGCAUCACCAGGAGAAUUGGAGGGCUACUGCCAAAUGUGGUCUUUACGUCCUUUUGUGAAUGAUGAAACUAUGCAUCAAGCUUGGAAACUCAUUCCUUGACCAUCACUGACUUGUGAGUGCCAAUUUUUUUCUUUAUUGACAGAUUUGUUAUCUGACAUCUCAAUUCAUUUCACAAAAUUGUGGGGGUUUUUUUCCCCUUUGAGCAGAAGCCAUAUUUCCGAUUUCAUGAAA